AUGUCCACGGGCUCAGGCCCACAACACCCGGGUGGCGCCAGCAGCCGGCCCGCGCCUCGCGCGCAGAACGACAAGGAGGAUCGUGGCAACAGCGGGGGCCGUGGCUUUCGCGGCGGCCGCAGGCCCCCCAACGACCCCCGCCCACAUCCGAGGGAAGCCUGGAGCCAUGCACGCGGCGGCGGCCAGGGGCCUGUUGACUGGGACUCCAGGAGGCCGCCGCUGUCGUGGGGCCCGCCGCCGCCAAUGCCAGGCGGCGCCCACUUGAACGGCUACUGGCCGCCCGACCAGGGCGGCGCCCCGUGGCCACCCAUGCCACCGCCUCCACGUUAUGGGAACAUCCCCUACGAUCAGCAGGACUACCACCAGCACCCACACCAGGUGCAUGGCAUGGGUUACACAUACCAGGCGCCGCAGUAUGCAGCGGCGAACCCCCAUCACUUCCGCUGCCACCCCGAGCAUCCUGGCCCGCACGCCCCCGCGCGUGGUGCCGAGCGCGACAGCAGCCAUGGGACGCCCUACGCGGAAGCGGCCCACAACAUGCCGCACCCCGGCCAGUUGAGCGGGCCUGGCGGCGACAGCGCGGAGGCGCACGUGCAACGCCCUGCCGCGCCGCCGCCGCCGCCGCUGCCUAAGGACGAGCCUGCGCAACCGCCGCUGCCACCUGAGCCGCCGCCGGCAUUGCCGAUGCGGGCGUCAGAGGGGACUGCGCAGGGCGGGGCUGGAGCGGCGGGGCCGCGCGCACCUGAUUCGUUGGCGGAGGCCGCGAAGGUCGCGGCCGCAAAGGCUGCAGCGCUGCGCCUGGCGGAAAGCAGCAGCAGCGCAGCGGCAGCCGCAGAGCAGCAGCAGCUGCAGCAGCUUCAGCAGUGGGCCGCGGCGGGGGCGGCGCUGCAAGGCGGCGCGGGGGCCUCGAGCGGCGCGCCGGCGCGGUCGGUGGGACCUAAGGUGCAGGUAAGGGUGACCGUGGUGCCCUCAAACCAGAUCAAGCUGACGGGUAGCCUGAUGCAGAGGAGGGCGGCGGCGGGGCAAGCCCUGAGCGCGGCGACCGCGGGGACCCCGCCCCGCGCAGCGGCCGGCGGCGCGAUCAAAGACGCGGCCGCCGCCAGGGCCACGGCCGGGGCUGGGGAUGGCGCAGCGGAGGGGCGCUCGCCGCCGCCGUGGCAGGCUGCCGCAGGCGGUCCGGCGGCCGGUGGGUGGGUCAUGGCCUCGGAGCCCGCUGAGCAGGCUGCUCCGGCAGCGGCGGCAGCCGCAGCAGCUGCAGCGGCGGCGGCGACGGCGGCGCCACCAUUGCCCCAGCCGUCAUCGGCCGCCGCGCCGCCCGUUGCCCCGGUGAUGCCGCCUGCGGCGGCCCCGUCUCCGCACCCAGCGGCCCCAUCGCCGCAGCCGGCGGCCCCCGCGCCGCUGCCGUUGGUCCCGUCGCCGCUGCCUGCUCCCAAGGCGGCCCGGGCGCCGCUGCACGUGUCCUCGCCCUUCAAGAAGCCCCCUCUCCCUGCAGCAUCGCCGACGGCGCCCGCCCCGCAGCCCGCCGCGCCCGGCGCCCCCUGGCCCGCCGCCGCGGCGGUGGCGGCCGCGAUGGCGCAGCACAUGGUGGCAGCUGCGCUGGCGCCCUCAGAAGCAGUCGCGCAGGCUCUGGAUGAGGCCCCGCCUGGGUCGGCCGCGCCGGUCGGCGCCCCGCCGGCGGAAGAGGCGCCCCCGCACGCCGCCGACGGGCCCGCCCCGGCCGCCGGCGCGCGG